AUAGAUGAUUAACAAUUCUGCUUCCAUAAUGAUUAAGUGUGACCGAGAAUUUAACUGAAAUGGGAUCGAGAAUUAAAAAACAUAUUCCGACUAGAAUCAAAAUAUGAAUUAUUAACCACUUCUUAAUACGCCUUUAAUUUUCUUCCUCUUUGAUCAGGGAACUUCAAUCAGCACAAAUUCGGGUAAAAACACCCACUCACAAGAUAUCAGAAUUCAUCCUUUAUUCCCUAUGUCAAUUAUACCUGUUCAGACUUUCGAAAAAGCAAAAGGUUAUGUUUAUUUUGAAUAAGCCUGAGCCAGUUAAAAAGAAAAAAAAAGGCUAUGUUUAUUUUAAUUAACCAUGGAAGGAAGUUCCUAAUACACCGAUAUACAUAAUUUACUCUAAUCAAGCUUUAGCUUCUUAGAAGGUGAUCAAUUUUGCGGCUGAAAAGACUUCAAUGCCAUCGACAAACACACAAAAAAAACGUAUUGCCUUAGGAGUGAAUAGCAGGUGAGGGUUUCAGUUCUUAUCCGCCAAACCAAAGCAGAGGAGUUUUCGUGUUGACGGAAGAAAGCGGAACUUGGCGUGCGUAAAAGCUGAGGGCGAUCUCCCACAGUCGGAACCCAUACACGGGAUACUCUCCGUAUCCCGGGAAGUAUCAAUACACAGAAGGCUUUUAAAGACAAGCCUAGAAUAAUCUUGCGGCACAAGAAAUUACUAGUUAUUAGGCGCACGGUGUCAAUGCUAAUUGUGGCUUCUUCUUUUAGACGCGGACGAUAGCUUAUCCGGGCAGCAAUCGGCUAAUCGAAGGUUUUUGCUGUGGUCUGGCAUCAGUGUGUCGAGGAUUGUACACAAGGUAUCCACUGAUUGAUUGUAAGAGAGGAUAAAUAGAAACUUAAUCCAGGUUGACUAAGGGGUCAGAGAUAAACUUGCCUACGAGCUGUCAAACAGCCGCCCUCAGCGUGCCUUGUGAAUUCAUCAUCACACAGCCGCGAGAAAAAGCGACCAGGACACAAGUGAUAUUGUCGUGUUUAGUAAAGAGUUCCAUCCAUCGUUUUUAGUACUUAUUAGUUGACCUUUUACAGGACGUAAAGUGGUUACGGACGUCAGCAUUGUUUACUGGUGACAAACGUCGUUCCACCAUCGCCUCGUCAGCUUUACCGCAAAGACAACGAAACCGAAAGAUAACCUAACAAGGAAGCCAACUUUCCCCGCACAAAGCAAGAGAAAUUCACAAAGACAAAUUAGCAAUGAAUAACACUACGAUAGAUCUUGAUCAAAACACUACCGGACUAUACUUCACCCCACACUACCAGGAAUCUAUACCUGUGAAAGGGAUAUUACUGGGUGUAUUUGCUGCUACUAUUCUCGGCUCUCUGGUAGGGAAUAUAGCGGUGAUCCGUGCGACAUGCGGCAUGGCAAGAACCCCUGUGACCUACAUCUUGGUCAUGAACAUGGCGGUGGCUGAGCUAGUUUAUACUCUAUCUAUGUCACUUUCAGUAAUCUACCUGGAGCUUGAGUACUGGCCCUAUGGUGUGUUCAUGUGUAAAGUUAUUUUCCCAGUACAGGUCAUCGCCAAGUUCGUGAUCACCACGUCCAUCGCCGCCAUUUCUGUACGCCGAUAUCAGAUGAUAACAGGUCGCAGCCUGCGAGCACCCAGCAAGACGUGUCUGCGGUUAACCAUACUAGGAUUUUGGGGCCUGGGACUAGCUGUCAGUAUUCCCCUGCUUAUUGUGUUGGAAUUGGUUAUUUACCCGCCAAAUCCGCACAGUUACUGCGUUGAUUACUUCCCUGGAACACAACUGGAGCAAGCAACGAGCGCGAUGCAGUAUAGUCUAGCACGUUUCAUCUUGGGCUUCGUAGUUCCUAUGGUUGUCAUGAUGAUUUCUUACGGUGCCGUGGCGGUAAGCCUGAAGCAGUCUAUCUCACGUCAGCGUCUUUCGCGCACACGCAUUGACUCCCUGACGCCGUCGGUAAAUACCAGACUCAGCACUCACUCCAUGGACCUCGUCGGCCCCAAUGGUCAGCGGUCACUAACGGUCACGUCGCCAACCGCUGACAUGGAAUCGCAGCCUCAGGAGCCCAAUCAAUUAAUCAAGCACGAGAAGGACCUCAUCCGGAUGUUCUACAUCAUCAUCUUCGUCUUCGUCUUAUUCUAUUUCCCAUAUCAAAUCUACUUUAUGAUUGAAAAUAACGUGUUAAAAGAUUGGUAUUACGUGAAUCUUCUCCGUAAGUCCCUGUUGCUGCUUACUUUUUUCCCAAGUGCUUUGCAUCCAGUUUGCUAUGGCACGAACAACAAGUUCUACGCCCGCGCAUUCAAGCGAUUGUUCUUGUGUCAGUGUUGAAGGAAUGCCCUUUCGGUCAUAUGGCACGAACAACAAGUUCUACGCCCGGGCAUUCAAACGAUUGUUCUUGUGUCAGUGUUGAAGGAAUGCCCUUUCGGUCAUAUGGCACAAACAACAAGUUCUACGCCCGGGCAUUCAAACGAUUGUUCUUGUGUCAGUGUUGAAGGAAUGCCCUUUCGGUCAUAUGGCACGAACAACAAGUUCUACGCCCGGGCAUUCAAACGAUUGUUCUUGUGUCAGUGUUGAAGGAAUGCCCUUUCGGUCAUAUGGCACAAACAACAAGUUCUACGCCCGGGCAUUCAAACGAUUGUUCUUGUGUCAGUGUUGAAGGAAUGCCCUUUCGGUCAUAUGGCACAAACAACAAGUUCUACGCCCGGGCAUUCAAACGAUUGUUCUUGUGUCAGUGUUGAAGGAAUGCAUUUCCGGUCACAUGGCACUUCAUGUUAGGCUAUACUCGUUACAGGGUGGUGAAGAGUAUUUUCGUGAUUCGUGACACGUGAAUCGUGAAAAGCCUUGCCUUGAAAAUUCUUGACUCGUGAUCGAGUACUCUAUCGUGAUCCGUGAUUAGGGUAUUUUUACUUUGGUGACUCGUAAUUUCGCUUGGCUAUAUUCGUGAAACGCGACCGUAGACGCCGAGAAUAAUUAAAACACGAAUACAUGUAACAAAUUUACGUCAUCUCCGGUCAGCACUCGGUGGCAACUAGUAACCGAGCUAUCAUUGACGGGAACGAUACGUCAUCUCCGGUCAGCACUCGGUGGCAACUAAUAACCGAGCUAUCAUUGACGGGAACGAUACGUCAUCUCCGGUCAGCACUCGGUGGCAGCUAAUAACCGAGCUAUCAUUGACUGGAACGAUACGUCAUCUGCGGUCAGCACUCGGUGGCAACUAGUAAUCGAGCUAUCAUUGACGGGAACGAUACGUCAUCUCCGGUCAGCACUCGGUGGCAACUAAUAACCGAGCUAUCAUUGACGGGAACGAUACGUCAUCUCCGGUCAGCACUCGGUGGCAAUUAAUAACCGAGCUAUCAUUGAUGGGAACUAUACGUCAUCUCCGGUCAGCACACGGAGGCGACAAGUUAGCGAGCAAUUAUUGAUGGGAACGAUUCGUCAUCUCCGGUCAGCACUCAGUGGCGACUAAUAAGCGAGAUAUUAAUGAAGGGCAACGAUACGUCAUCUCCGGUCAGCACUCGGGGACGACUAAUAAGCGAGUUAUUAUUGACGGCAAUGAUAUGUUAUCUCCGGUAAGCACUCGGGGGCGACUAAUAAGCGAGUUAUUAUUGACGGCAAUGAUACGUCAUCUCCGGUCAGCACUCGGGGGCGACUAGUAAGCGAGUUAUUAUUGACGGUAAUGAUACGUCAUCUCCGGUCAGCACUCGGUGGCGACUAAUAAGCGAGUUAUUAUUGACGGCAAUGAUACGUCAUCUCCGGUCAGCACUCGGUGGCGACUAGUAAGCGAGUUAUUAUUGACGGCAAUGAUACGUCAUCUCCGGUCAGCACUCGGUGGCGACUGAUAAGCGAGCUGUGACUGUACUCAGUUCCAAACCAUUAUCAAACGUCAUUUCACGUAAAUGGUGUCCGAAAGGCUCCGUUUGACAUAAGGACCAAAGGACCUACCAGAGCAAAAAAAAAUGUUUUAUUAAGGCCGAUUUAGGCAACGCGAUUUAGUUGUAUACCCGCGCCACUUCUACAACUCGAGUCGUAGAGUGUAAAUCAUCCUCUUCGACUUCGCUACGAUGCUCAACUACGAAUGUCGUAGGACUCGUAGGGCUUAAGAAAUGUCUUAUGCAAGUCGCAUACGCCUAAAUCGUCCUGUCUAAGUCAGCAUAUUAAACAUUCAAUCCUAUACUUUGUACGACGCUCGGCUACGGCUCGGCUAGUCGUAGUGUGUAAUUCAGGGCUAAGACAUGUAGUAGGCAGGUCGCAUACGACGAAAACCUGCUGUCUAAAACAGCAUUUGGGGGACCUUUAACAAGGAUGACCUUAUGUAUACAACGCCUGGCACACCGAGUUAGAGACAAUGCGCUCGCGCUAUGGUGUUCAAUUCCAGACUAGUAGCAGUAGAAUAAGCAAAGGAUUAUAGCCAGAAAGAUUCGAAAAUUUAAUAAGGACAUUAGUUGUACACAGUACUACAGAGCGGAGUUUUCCAAGAUGUAUCUGUACUCGACUACAUACUUAAUCGGGCGUUGACAUACUUGCACUCUUUCUCUCGUGUAAACUGCGUAGAAAAAGUGCGAGCUCUAUACCAUUGUUAGUUAAGAGCAAUUCAGCCGUUAGGAGUUUUGGGUCAUAGUGCAAUGUGCGCUACAAUUGGCACCGCGGACGAUAAUAAGCAACAUUGAUGAUGAUAAUCUUUUACAAAUAUUACUCAAAUAUUUACAAAUAUUAUCAUAUUUUACAAAUAUAACCGGACUUUGCGCACUUAUAUACAUCACCUAACAGACUUCGCACACCUAUAUAUAUAUAUAUAUAUAUAUAUAUCAUCACCUAACAGACCUUGCGUGAUUAUAUAUCAUCACCUAACAGACUUUGUGCACUUAUUUAACUUGUAGACAUAACAGACCUAACAGACAUUGCGCACUUGUAGACGUUACCCGGCAGAUAUGGCCAAUAUAAUCUCAUCAGAUAAUAGUAUAGUAUAAUGAUAAUAAUGCAAACAAAUAGUGAUGAUGAGGAGUCUACUAAAAGGCACAAUGUUUAUGAAGUAUAGACCCCUGUUGCAGACUUAGUAGCGUCUCUACUCAAAUAUAUUAAUGUUCUUGAUUUGUUUUAUCUAAUAAAUACUUAUUAACACAUUGA